CCGGACAGCGGGCAUCGGGUCACCAGGCAUCAAGUCAUUUGGCUCGACAGCGAGCACCGCGUCAUCUGGCAAGGCAGUGGGCUCCGAGUCAACUGGCAUGACCGCGGGCACCGGGGCAGACAUUGAAAUCGUCUGGCUGGACAGCGGGCAUCGGGUCACCAGGCAUCAGGUCAUUUGGCUCGACCGCGGGCACCGCGUCAUCUGGCAAGGCAGUGGGCUCCGAGUCAACUGGUAUGACCGCGGGCACUGGGUCAGACAUUGGAUCCUCUGACUGGACAGCAGGCAUCGGGUCACCAGGCAUCAGGUCAUUUGGCUCGACAGCGGGCACCGCGUCAUCUGGCAAGGCAGUGGUCUCCGAGUCAACAGGCACGACAGUGGGCACCGGGUCAUCAGGUACCGGAUUGUCUGGCUCGACAGCGGGCAUCGGGUCAUCAGGCAUCAGGUCAUUUGGCUUGCCAGCGGGCACCGCGUCAUCUGGCAAGGCAGUGGGCACCGAGUCACCAGGUACGACAGCGGGCUCUGAGUCAAUUGGCACGACAGCGGGCACCGGAUCAGGUACCGGAUCAUCUGGAUCAACAGCGGGCAUCGAGUCAACUGGC